AUGACACCGAUCUCGUCUUCAUUUCACCACAGCAGCACAUCGGUCUUCCUGCCUCAUCACGGGGUUUUGCGUGAAGCCAGCUCGACUACUAAGUUGCGCGUCGUCUUCAAUGGAUCAGCACGCACCACCUCCGGAAUCUCACUAAAUGACUGCCUACACGCCGGUCCGAAGCUUCAACUCGAUCUCGACGCAGUCAUCUUGCGCUGGAGAAUGCACGCUUUCGCAUUUGCCGCCGACAUCGAGAAGAUGUAUCGGCAGAUCGUGAUACAUCCUGAUGAUCGACAUUAUCAGCAGAUUCUCUGGAGCUCCACGGAUUCACCUCGCAGUUAUCAACUCUGCACCGUAACGUAUGGAUUGACUUGUGCACCUUACCUGGCCCUGCGAGUUCUUCAGCAACUCGCUACGGAUGAAGAAGACCUCCACCCGCAAGCUGCCAACAUCGUGCGAACAGCGAUUUACGUGGACGAUAUUCUUUCAGGUGCCGAUAAUCUGCAAGAGGCACAAGUCAAGGUCCUUCAGUUAGUCGAGCUCCUCAAGGCGGGCGGCUUCAAGCUGCAGAAGUGGUCAGCCAACUACGACGACAUUCUUCAAAAUCUCUCGGCCUCCUCAACGAGCUCGUCAACUCUAGAGCUUCAUUCAGAAGCUCGAACGCUUGGACUUACGUGGCACCCAGCGUCCGAUUCCUUUAAGUUCCACGUCAACAACUCCGCACCAAUCAGCAAGCUCACCAAACGAUCAAUCCUCUCUCGAAUAGCUCAGCUAUUUGAUCCUCUCGGUUGGCUCGCUCCUAUUACUAUCAUCGGCAAGAGAGG